UCGUCUUCAUUUGGCAUCUCACUGAGCAGACGAAAGAGAAGAAGAAGAAAGGAGCCAUGACAAUGCUUAGAUCUAUCUCGAUGGUAAUGUUGUUCGUCACACUUGUUACAUCCAUCUCCAUGGUUUCUUCUUCUGAUUCAUCCCCAGAAGCUGAGUUUGUUAAGAAGACUAUCUCUUCCCACAAGAUCGUCAUCUUCUCCAAAUCCUACUGCCCCUAUUGCAGGAAAGCCAAAUCUGUGUUCAGAGAGCUGGAUCAAGUUCCUUAUGUUGUGGAGCUUGAUGAAAGAGAAGAUGGGUAUAGUAUCCAAGCUGCAGUUGGAGAGAUUUUUGGAAGGCGAACAGUACCGCAGGUCUUCAUAAACGGAAAACACAUUGGAGGAUCAGACGAUACUGUAGAUGCAUAUGAGAGCGGGGAACUAGCCAAGCUUCUCGGUGUUUCCGGAAACAAAAAUGCUGAACUCUAGGUUUAAUAUAGUUGGAAGAACUGAUAAACGUUAUAAAACUCUUUUAUGUUGAGGUGGGAACAAUUUAAUUUCUAGUUGUAUGAAAUUUGUAAUGGGUUCUGCAGAUCUUGGCCUUGUAGAACAUAUCUUAUCAAAUACUGAAAACUGAAAGACUA